ACAAGGAGAGGAGCAGAUAUGACAGUUGCUCAGGAUUCCCUCUGAAGCGCAACCCACCAACUUCUGAGAACUCAGGCUGGAAAAGACCCUGCAGCUGAGACGAAUCACAAUGCCAUGGGAGGGAAGAGGGUCCCAGCAGGCAGCACCUCUGGCUUAGGGGAAGACCUCGCUCUGAGGACGGCAGCGGCUGCGUAGGGGUCAUGGGGAACUCCAGCAUGGUCCGUGGCCUCGGCUCCUGCUUCCGCGGGAUCAACGCCAGUGAGCAGUACCAGGGCCACGUCACCGCCUCGCCGUGGUUCUCCACCGUCUUCGGCCUGAUCGGCCUCUGCUCCAACCUCUUCGCCUUCUGUGUGCUGGUCAACUCCUCGCGGCAGAUGCACAGCCGCUCCCGCUCGUCCUUCCUGGUCUUCCUCUGCGGGCUGGUGGUGACAGACUUCAUGGGCUUGCUGGUGACCUUCUCCAUCGUGGUGCCCUACCACUUCAUCCGCUUCAACUGGCGGCACGUGGACCCCGGGUGCCACCUCUGCAGCUUCAUGGGGGUGGCCAUGGUCUUCUUCGGGCAGUGCCCGCUGCUGCUGGGGGCCACCAUGGCCGGGGAGCGCUUCCUGGGCAUCAACCGGCCCUUUGCCCGCUCCAUCAGCAUGUCCAAGCGCCGAGCGUGGACCUUGGUGGGGCUCGUGUGGGCCUUGGGCUUCUUCAUCGGCCUCCUGCCCAUGUUCGGCCUGGGGGAAUACACCCUGCAGUACCCCAAUUCCUGGUGUUUCCUGACUUUGCUCCAUGACCCCAGGAACGUGGCCUUCUGCCUGAUCUUCGCCCUCCUGGGCCUCUCCUGCGUCGCCCUCUCGUUCCUCCUCAACACGGUCAGCGUGGUGACCCUCUGCCGGGUCUACCACGACUCUGACUCUGUGCAACGCCGGCGGGACAGCGAGGUGGAGAUGAUGGUCCAGCUGAUGAUCAUCAUGGUGAUCGCGAGCGUCUGCUGGCUUCCGCUGCUGAUCUUCAUCGUACAGACAGCCAUCCAGGAGCCCCCCUCCAACGUGGCCGCCAACCAGAUUCCCCAGGAGACAGAGAACCUUCUGCUCAUGUAUGUGCGCUUCGCGACAUGGAACCAGAUCCUCGACCCAUGGGCCUACAUCCUCUUCCGCCGGGCAGUGCUGAAGCGGAUCUACCCCAGCUUCAAGGCACGACCCUCCAUCGUCUCCCUAUACCCGGUGCUCAACCCGUCCCUGCGGCGGAAAUUCACCCAAGAGUCGGUGCUCCAGUAGAAAUCGCCCAGGCCGGUGGGAGGGAGGGCGUGAUGUGCAGAUGAUACCGUGCCCACCUGAUAACAGCAAGGAACAAAGGAGCAGCUCUGCUUUGAUAUGUACCAUCCCCUGCUUUAGCCGGGCCUUUGCAACGAGGUGGAGGUGCUGGGAGUGUACCCCCAGACUCCCCUCCUCCACCCCAUGCCCGCUGUGCUGAAUUCUGUGCCCAUCCCCAAGGCCUGAUUCAAACCGGUGAACCCUCAUGUAGUAUGGGCUCUUUAAAUUGGAUGCCACAACCUACCCAGCCAGAGAGUAACCCCAGUGAAAAGCUGCUCUCCCCAGUGGAGGCUGGUCCAUGAAGGCAAAUGGGGCACUGCCCCACUGGCCUCACUUGCCUGCCUUCUUGCUUACUUUCAGCCAAGGGGGUGGCCCCGCCCUUUCAGCUUCCUCUUCCUCCUCAGCAGCCAGUGUUGUCCCUUGUAGAACUCAGCCAGGGAAGAGGAGGAGGAGGAGGAGGGCACAACUAGAUUGAGUUGGCUCCGCCCACCAUUGACUCUGGCUACACCUCCUGUUGGGCUCCCUGUCUUACGCCCCACUAGUCCCAGUGGACACCAUUCACCACUGCUCUUCAUGCCUCGUUCUAUCCCCCCCCCCGAGACCAGCUCCUCAUCCCCAGAGGCGCCUCCCCAAGCGUUGGCUGCACUGAUAAUCCUGCUUGAAACAGGCAUCUCGACAAGUCUAGCCAGUCCCUGCCCCACAAUGGCUUGCUCCCCCAAGGUGUUCGCCAACGACAACUUAGGGGGAGGUGGUUGGACAUCUGUUGUCUUUUUAACAGGCAUUAAAGAUAAUUUUGAGGGACCCUCUAUCCUUCGGCUGAUUGAUCAGCCAGAAACGGGAUUCCUGGACUUUCAAUGGGAAGAAGAAGAGCUGGGUGGCCGGGGCAAUGCAAAGUGCAUGGAAUGAAGCAUGCAUGAUUGUUGUAGUAAUAAAU